AUGGAGUCCGGCGGGGCCCAGAGCUGCCCCGGCACCUGCCUGGCCUUCAGCCGCACCCGCAAGGGGCUGGUGCUCAUCGGCGAGAUCGUGCUGUGCCUGCUGGCCCUCAUCUGCUUCGGCGCGUCGCGCUCGGGCUACGCGGGGCUGGCGGCCGUGGAGCUCGUGUUCGCCGCGCUGGUGCUGCUGGCCUGGAGCUGCCGCCUGCCGCCACGGCUGCCGCUGCUGCACUGGGGCUGGACCGUGAGCGUUUUGGGGUGA